AUGACCGACUAUAGAGCUGAAGAUAGGGAUGGCCUUCCCCCUAUUGGCUUUAUAGCUGUUGAUUGCCAUUUCUUUAGACCGGCCGGAGACUGUUUCUCAGAGCUUACAUGGAACUUCCCCAUCAUCCGAGAGCUCGCCGAGGGCUCCAAGGAAGGUGUGCUUGUGUCCAAAGACGAGUAUGACGAGGAAUUUAUCGAAUCAUUCGUUCGUGCGGGAAUGAGACUUGCUGAGAGAGGAGCGUGUGGUAUCAUCACUAGCUGUGGCUUUCUCGCCAUGGUCCAACCUUUGCUUGCCGCAAGACUCCCUAUCCCAGUUGCAACCUCCUCACUCCUUCAGAUCCCUUCCAUCCUCGCCUGGCUGGCGCCGGAUCAGAAAAUUGGUAUCAUCACCUAUAACGCCGAACAACUCGGACCGCUCCACUUUGAGCGUCUCGGAAUCCCUGAGCAGAAUGUUGCUCGGUGUUAUAUUCGCGGUGCACCUGCCGGAGGCCAUCUGCAGCGCCUUGUACGCAUGCAAAGCCCGUACAGCUUCGAUGCUAUCGAGACUGAAAUGGUCGACGCUGCCAAGAGCCUGGUUGCUGACCAUCCCGAUAUCGGAGCCAUUGUGCUUGAGUGCACGCAAAUGCCCCCAUUUGGUCAGUCGGUACAGCAGGCUGUUAAUCUGCCUGUAUAUGACGUUUUUACCAUGGGGAGUUGGUUCUACUCUGGUGUGGUCAGGAGACGUCCGGCCCACUGGAAAGAUUUGGACAGUCAGCGAACAGGUCCUAUGCUUGAGAGGAAUACAAUGUAG